AUGAAUGCUAUGACGGACAGCAUUGUAGACAAGAUUGAAUCGUUCUGUUCGGAAGAUUCUCUCUGGGACUCCAACCUGACGUGGAACACGGCUUCUCCCGAUCUCACUCUCUGCUUCCAGAAAACAGUCCUACCCUGGGUACCAUGUACUUUUAUCCUGAUAUUUUCACCACUAAGACUCUACUUACUGCCAAACGAACGAACAAAACAACAACACUCUACGCUAAGUCUUGCCAAAUAUAUUUUGUGUUCUGGUCUCCUGUUCCUUUCAUUCCUGGAAUGUAUAGAAAAAGUUUAUAUGAAUUCUCUGGAUGAUGCCGUCAGACAACCAGAAUUCAUGUCAUUCAUACUUACUGCAAUUACACUGAUCAUGGCCAAUCACGUCAUGUGGACAGAACGCCAACAAAAAAUAAGAUCCUCUGGAUUUCUGCUAACCUUCUGGUUCCUGAUGUUUGUCAGCUUUUGUUUGACACUCCAAUCUCGGGUCAGGUCCCUCCUCAAGCAGGAUGAUAUGAAUGUGGACACGAGGUUUUGUUUCCUGUCAAUUCAGACUCUUCUCAGCAUUGCUCAGCUGACUCUGACAGCACUAUUUGUAGACAACUUCCCUGAAGAUGAUCAAAAAUACAAGAAACCCUCCUCUGAGAACAGUACAUUUCUGUCCAUAUUGUCGUUUUCUUGGUUUACUAGCAUUGUUCGGGAAGCUUACCGUCGAACUUUAAAAGCAGAAGACAUGAUAGAACUCACAGAUGACAUAACGUCAGAAUCGGCUGUUCCCAUAUUCCAGAAAGCAUGGCGCGACGAAGUUAAUAUUACGAAAAGGUCUGUAUGCUAG